AUGAAGUUUUGCAUUGCUUUCCUGUCUUCUAGUCUUGUAAUGUUUCUGAUUUCUGGUUGUAAAGGUGAUAAUGAAACCGAUUUUGGGGCAUUGUUGUCGUUCAAAUCGAUGAUCACCAGUGAUCCAUAUGGAGCUCUAAGCUCAUGGGGCAACACGACUUCCUUUCAUUUCUGUGAUUGGAAUGGUGUUUCAUGUGGGAAAAGGCACAGAAGAGUCACUGCUCUAGUACUCCAGUCGCAAGGCCUAGAAGGCAUGUUGUCUCCUCAUGUAGGAAACCUGAGCUUCCUUGGUUUCUUUUCUCUCUUCAACAACAGCUUUCAAGGAAGCAUCCCUCGUGAACUGGGUCGUCUAUCCAGGAUACGUGUUAUCGUUCUUGGCCGUAACAAAUUCAACGGACUCAUUCCAACCAACUUGUCUCGUUGUUCUAACAUUGAAAAGCUUGGACUCUAUCAUAACCAGCUAGUUGGAAGCAUACCCAAGGAGAUGAGUUUCCUCUCCAAGCUUAAACUUCUUGUAGUUGAGGAUAAUAAGUUAACAGGUGGAAUCCCAGCUGUCUUGGGGAAUUUAACAUCCAUGGAAAUCUUCUCUGCAGCUAGAAAUCCAUUGGGUGGGAGCAUUCCAGACACGUUAGGCCAUUGGAAAAGCUUAACAACAUUAUACCUUGAAGGUUGUAGCUUAUCCGGAACCAUCCCUCAUUCCCUUUACAACCUCUCACUCCUAACGAAUGUUUCCUUGGCUGAGAAUCAGCUUAUUGGUGUUCUUCCCUCAGCUUUAGGUACAAUGCUCCCUCAUCUUGAGUCCCUUCAGUUACACCAUAACCAACUCACCGGACCUCUUCCACCCUCCAUAUCUAACUGUUCCAAAUUAAGAGUUAUUGAAAUGAGCGAUAACAAUUUUAGUGGCAAGUUGAAAAUCGACUUUUCAAGACUAGAGAAUCUCUAUUCUGUGACCAUAGGGAGUAACAUGUAUGGAUUUGGAGAAGCUGAUGAUAUGAAGUUCAUCGAUGCUUUGAAAAACUGCAGCAGAUUAGUAAUUUUGGAUCUUUAUAACUCCAGCUUUCAAGGAGUGCUGCCCACGUCAAUUGGUAAUCUGUCUCGUCAACUUAGUUUUUUGCAGUUAGGAGGAAAUCAAUUUUCGGGAAACCUUCCUUCAAGUAUAGGUAAUCUAGUCGGCUUGACCGUUUUAAUUUUAGAAAACAACCAAUUCACGGGAAAAAUUCCCUCCGCCAUUGGUAAGCUUCAAAACCUGCAAGUUGCUGCUCUCCUUGAUAACCAAUUUUCAGGGCCAAUUCCAGAUGCCAUCGGGAACUUAUCAUUGUUGAAUAUACUCUUUUUAAGUUCUAACAGAUUGGAGUCACAUAUCCCAUCAAAUCUUGGAAAUUGUCGUCAGCUAACUCAGUUAAACCUUUAUAACAAUAAACUCAGCGGCAAAAUACCUAAACAACUUCUUCAAAUUCCAUCUAUAACCAUUGAAUUAGAUCUGUCUCAAAACAACCUGUUUGGAUCUGUUCCAACAGAGGUUGGUGACCUCAGGAUGUUGACUUCUUUGGACUUAUCUGAUAACAACUUGUCAGGCCAUAUUCCUAGUAGCCUUGGUGGUUGCACUAGUCUUGUAUUCCUGUCUCUCAAAGGAAAUUCAUUUCAAGGAACAUUACCACCAUCAUUAAGUUCCAUGAGAGGAGUUGAGACACUCGAUCUUUCUCAUAAUAAUUUAUCAGGACAAAUUCCUCGAUUCUUGGAACGCUUCUCAUUACAAUAUCUAAACCUAUCCUUCAAUGAUUUCGAGGGUGAAGUACCUGUUCUAGGAGUGUUCGCCAAUGCAACUGCAUUCUCAGUUUUGGGGAAUAUCAGGCUUUGUGGUGGCUUGACUGAGCUUGGGUUACCCAAAUGCAAUGAGACGCAUGAUAAACAUAAAAGGAGAUUUCCUUUGUUCGUAAUAAUCAUUCUCACAGCAUCUGCACUUUUUGCCAUAUUAUGUUUUGUGUACAUAUGGUUUAAAAAGAUCAAGGGUCAACCAUCUCAAUCGUCCACAAAUCAACGAUUCAUGAAAGUAUCAUACAAUCAACUUCUCAAGGCUACAAAUGGUUUCUCUGAAACCAACCUGAUUGGAGAGGGUGGGGUCAGCUCUGUUUACAAAGGAAUCCUUGAUGAUACAUGUGUUGCAGUCAAAGUUGUGCAUCUUCAAAAUAAAGGUGCUCACACAAGCUUUCUAGCAGAAUGUGAAGCAUGGAAGAGUAUCCGACACCGCAAUCUGUUGAAGAUAAUAACGGCAUGUUCGAGUAUUGACUUUAAAGGAAAUGACUUCAAAGCUUUGGUAUAUGAGUUCAUGCCUAAUGGGAGUUUACAUGAUUGGUUGCAUUCAAAUGUAACUACAACUAAACUGAACCUUCUUCAAAGAAUAAAUAUUCUCAUCGAUGUCGCAUCCGCACUUGAUUAUCUUCACAAUCACUGCCUACCAACCAUUGUUCAUUGUGAUUUGAAGCCUAGCAACAUUCUACUUGAUGAUGAUAUGGUGGCCCAUGUUGGAGACUUUGGUUUAGCUCGAUUUCUUGGAACAAAUUCAAACCACAACAGCACAAGUGGAAUCAGAGGAACAAUUGGGUAUGCACCACCAGAGUAUGGUGUUGGGAGUGAGAUGACAAGUAGUGGGGAUGUCUACAGUUUUGGAAUACUAUUAUUGGAGGUGAUGACAGGGAAAAGGCCAACAGAUGACAUCUUUAAUGAAGAUCUCAACCUUCAUAAGUUUGCUGACAUGGCCUUGCCAGACCAUGUAACUGAUGUUAUUGAUGAUGGCCUUUUAGAUAUUCUUCAAGAGGAUGCUAUUGCUACACAACAUACUUUAGCAUAUGCAAACAAGAUAGAGGAUUGCUUGGCUUCAACCAUCAAGAUUGGGGUAUCAUGCUCUGUUGAUUCUCCACCACGAAGGAUGGAUAUCGAAAAUGUUGUUCAUGAGUUGCAGCGUAUUCUGGAAAAACUUCAACAUAUUUGA